AUGGUCGGUUUCGGGUCAGUUCGUGCGACGCUCUUGGGUUUCCUGCUCCAGAUCCUGUGCGCUGGGCUAUCUGCCCAGCAGCUCCUCCUCGAUCGUCCACAGAGAUCCCUGUACGACGAUCCCCUGGAGCAUCUGCCGCCGCUGGGCUGGAAUAGCGUGGGCGGCGGAUUCGGAGUGGGUGAUUGGGCCUACAACCCCGUUGGCCUCGGUCACAUGAGCAAGGAUGAGCUGCUGACACUGCUGGAGGCCUGGAAGGAGGUGGAGCAGGAGCAGGAGACGGCCGCCACAACGACUGCCCCGCCGGCAGAGACCACCACCCGAAGGCCACCGGCUCCACCGCCACCUCCUCCGCCCCGCCCCAUUCCCAUACCCAUCUCCAUCCCAAUGCCUGCUCCCUCCAUUCCCCAGCUGCCUUCUGGGACGCCCAUCACUGUCAGGCUCCCAGCAUUUGUGCCCGUCCGUCUGGCAGCGGUGUUCACACCACCCGCCGGUGGAGCUGGUGCUGCAGCAGCUGGUGACGCCGGAGGAGAUGACAUGGCCACCGCCGACGGGCCAGAUGACGACGCCACUCCUCGCCUCUUCCGCUUCAUGUCCAUGCCAGGGGUUCGGGCCAGGUCCCAAUCCCAGUCGCAGCCCAGGCAGCAAUUCGUGGUGAGGAACACCCUGGACAGCGUGGACGCGGGCACUGCUCCAGUCCGGCACCUGGUGAAGCCGGAAGUCAGGCCCAAAGCCACGGCGGCUGCAGCUCCCCCGUCCAUUCCCAAGGCGCCUGGCCAACCAGCUCCCUUCUUCCGCCCCAGAUUCGGUGUGCCUCCGCAUCUGGUCAACGCCCGCUUCGAACUGGUGCCCUCCUCCCAAGUCAUCGGAGAUUGGCGGGAGUGA